AUUGCGUUCAGACGUUAUGUUUCGUUUUCUAUUUUUCUAUCGGUGUAUUUGCGAACCCAAGGUAAACCCGUGGGCUGGAUGUGCGGAAAAAAAUUACAACUGUACGACCCAGUGAUAGAAGAGUGUAUCAAUGGUUAUGUGUUUGAAAGGACGACCACGUCUGCGCCAAAUCACCUAUCAACUACACAGAACAGUCUCUUAGUGCAGACAGAAACCAUACCUGUCACAGAAGAGAAACCAAGCAGAAUAUCUCGACGAACAUGCAGAGGCAAGGCUGACUUAUUGACAUGCAAUGGACACUUGUAUUGUGGUCGUAAUAAAGGUUACAGAUGUUGUGGAUUUGACGUCUACCACCCUAAAUCACAGACAUGUUGCCGGCAAACAAGCGCAGAGUUCAAGAUCUAUGAUGACAAACCAGAGAGAAAACACAUGUGUUGCAAUCUAGAUGUCUAUGAACGAGGGUCACAUAACGCCACAUGUCAACAUCCGGCCGCCAAUGACAAGUUCUUCCAAAAGCCCAGGAGGUUGAGGAGCGACCAGAGAAUAUGUCACGAAUUUUAUUACGUUUUUCGAGUAGAUAUUACAAAACAGAAGAAAAGACAAUACCUUACAGCUGAUGUUAGUCUGUGGAACUGGCGCCCGGCAUCGACUCGCGGAAAGCUGCGUAUGAAAAAAACUCCAACCCGUAGGAAAGAGAUGGAUAUCAAAUUAGAUAAAUUUAGCAAAAAGAAAAACAUAGUUAGAAAAACUUUUCUAAUAUUUUCAAAGUACAACUACUUAAAGAAUUCUGUUUUAUUUCUUAGAACACAUGAAGUUCUAUACAAAAGUCAUAAGAGUCACAAAAAAGUGGUACGAAACUUGCGAAAAAUCCAUGCAAAAUGCAGGAGCUAACUCAUUAAUGAAACACUAUGUAAAUAUUUGUUAUUUAAGUGGAUUUUAGGAAUAAGAAUGACAAAAAUCAACGGAAUUGUAUACAAAAGCAUUAAGGAGAUGUAAAAAGUGUAAAUAGUUGCAAAAUAGAUUUAAAAUGUUUAGCCGCAAAUCUAUUGAUACAAUUCAAAGUAGUACAACAUUGAAUAUGGCAGAUGAUCUAAAUUGCUCUCUUGUUAUAUGAUAACUGUUACACUCACACUACGUUUUUCAGAUUUGUCAAUCAGUUGUAUAUAGUUAUUGAUAUACUCUUUAAACUAUGUAUGACCAUGCAUUGUAAAACUUCUUUCAGUUUAAGUUCAUUACUUUUGUUCUUACAAGUUCUUUACUUUUGUUUCAAGACGUAUCGGACACUGAAUAUAGUGCAUGUUUUUCUAUAUAUUGUUUUCGUUUGUAUAAAUCUAGCAUUAUCUUUGUUAGUUUGUUUCUAGAUAUUUAUACUUUCUGUUUGUCGUUUUUCGAAUAAUGUGUUCACAUAAAGCAUUUUUAUUAGUGUGCAACCAGUCACACUGUUGACAUACAAUGGAAUACUCAUUGGUUCACUAAAUUAAUCUUAUAUUUCAUGUUGUUGUGCUUUAUUACCGAUGUAUUAAAGUUUGCAAUAAAAUAAUAAUUAUUAUCACAUGUUUGAUGUCGCGGGAGUGUAAUAAAGCCAUUACAUACACUAGUGUAAUAAAGCUUUGACGUCGACUUCGUUUAACUCGUAGGAGACGUUGGUCAAAUUGCCUUGUUUAUAAUAUUUAAAGAAAGUAGAUUUUUUCAUGUUUAGGCAGAAAAAGCUAACAUGUGUUAAAAAGAAUAUUAAAUUUGUGACUUUCCACAUUGAAUUUAUUAAACGAGUUGAAUAAAAAUGAUAAAAUGCUCGACAGAGUCUCGCAUUUUAUUAUUUUAUUCAACUCGUUUAAUAAAUUCAAUAUGAAAAGGCAAUCCUCUAUUUAAUGAUAAGUAUUGAUUCUGUAAACUUUACCGAAUUGAUUCAAUUAUUUACUGAGAAUGUCCAAGGUGUCUAUUUUCUUAAUUUAGUAAUAGAUUGUGUAGGUACAGUGCUUUGUUAACAUUUGUUAAAGUUUGAUUUUAAUUAUUUUUUUACAUUAGGUAAAAUACUGUACUUAUGCUUUGCUUCAUGUAACAGUUUUCACAGCAAAAUAAUUAUAGAUGAAACACGCUUUUUACUCUAAGGAACUCUCAUCUCAUGUGAUUUAAAUUCAAGUUUAUCUAACAUACAGAAACUUUCUGUCUUGUAAAAUGAAUACCCAGGAAAAAUAUCAAAAUUUCUAAUUUAAGGCUACAAGAAUAUGAAGAUUUUUUAAUAUUCCUAACUUUGGUGAAUAUUAAUGAUAUUUUAUAUACUGUCCGAUGUUCAUAUAUUUAUUUUGUAACAUUACAUUUAAUAUCUGUUUUUCCCUUUAUGUACUUUGUACAAUUAGGGGAAUGAUUUUAUGUCUGUCUAUCAGUUAUUCUAACAGGAGACAUGUUAUUGCAUCUAUAACUAUACACAAAUUGUACAUACUUUAUCAUGUGCAUUAUGUUUCUUGUUUGACUAGGUGACUUAUUGGCCCACUGGGCCGGAUGUUUGCUUUCUUGCCUUUGAAAUUUUAUAUUUAUAAAUAUGUACUACACAUGUCACUAUAAUAGAAUAUUUACUAUCUUA